CACUUUUGAAGACAAUUCUAGCGCUACCUCCCGUCAAAACGUUGAACUAACCUCUUCAGCGCAGCUUCUGCGGCGAUCUCCUAAUGGCUGGUAAUGGUUGUCAAGUUUCUCUAUAUUUUCGAUUCGGGGAUCGUUGAGGAAUUUAGUUCGUAAGCUGUGCUGUCAAAAGAUCUGAAAUGUUGCACCAGAAAGUCAAGUCAACCUCGCACUCGUGAAGUAACAGGUCCUGGUGGAUCUGUCUUCGUUAAAACCGAUCGAAUACCUCACCGAGAUGGGAAGCGGUUAUGUUUUUCGGUGGACAGUUUAACGACAAUGGCGGCAAUGUCCCCGUCGAAGAAACGACUGCAAAAGGAGUUGAUGUCUUUGAUACGGGAGCCACCACCUGGGGUGCACGUUGAUGGAGACCUUGCAGGUCAGAAUUUGACCCAAUGGAUCGUACACAUGGAAGGUGCCAAGGGAACUCUGUAUGAGGGAGAGAGGUUCCAACUUCAAUUCAAAUUCAGUUCAAAGUAUCCCUUUGACUCCCCAGAAGUCACUUUUAUUGGUGGCAACAUUCCUGUUCAUCCGCACGUUUACAGCAAUGGACACAUAUGCUUGUCCAUCUUAACAGAUGACUGGUCACCUGCCCUUAGCGUGCAAAGCGUCUGUCUCAGCAUCGUCUCAAUGUUGAGUAGCUGCAAAGAAAAAAAAAGGCCACCAGAUAAUUCUAUCUACGUAAAAACAUGUAAUAAAAAUCCAAAGAAGACAAAGUGGUGGUAUCAUGAUGACAGCGUAUAGUGAAGAAGGCUGUCCAAAGGAAAUUUAUCUAAAAUUGAGUGAUUAAAGGAGCACCGUGGGUUUCUUGAGCUGAUGCAGCUGCUUGGUAAUAAGGAUCUCUCAACGUAGCGUUGUUGGAUUAAAAUUAUAAGAGCCGAUUUUACUGUGACUGUAGAAACUCGAAUGUGUUAAGUCAAAGUCUACGAGGUAAUAACUACUGUAACAAAGUGUACCGGCAAUGUUGAAUCUGUGAAUUAUUCAGAUGUAAAUUAUCAGCGUUAACUAUAAUGACGUGGAAAUUAUAUCGUUGAAAUACCGUUAAAUUGUAGAGCACUAGUAUUAAGUGAGAGAAGGACAGAACUAUAAUAUAUAUAAAUGUAAGGGAAAACAGUUGUUAUCCAUAGUGGAGGACUCUACGUUUCAUUCGCAUGAUCUGCUACGGCGUAAUUGCACCACUUCUCUUAAUGCUGCAUUGCUUAUGAAGGUAUUCUAUUGAUUAAGUUCUCUCAUUCUGUCCGGCGACCAGUCGACGAUGUGGUUCUGAAAUUAAUAAAGUUAGGAAAUUAUUUUGA